AUGAAAAGAUUUAUAUUUUUAAUAACAUUGGUGUCAAUAUUAUUAUUAUUAUUUUUAUCGAUAGAUAAUACCCAUUCAUUCCAAUUGGAUAAUAAAAAAAAAUCUAAAAAUAAAAAAUCAAAACAAAAUCCAAUAACUAAAGAUUUUGAAGAGAAAUCAGCAUAUCAUCAUACAGACCAUAUUGAAGAUUAUCAUAAUGAAGAUCAUGAUAAAAAUAUUUUUGAUGAAACAAUUGAUUUAAAUAAUUUAAAUUCAACAUUAAAAUUAUGGUUAGAAUCAAAUAAUAUUGGUAAAUUUAUGGAUUUACAUUUAACAAAGAAAUUACAUUUAACAAUACCAAUUAAUUUUAUAUUUAUUGGAUUUGGAGGUGAAGGUAAUAAAGGUAUGGAUAUUAGUAUGUUACAAUUGGUUGAAUGGUUUCAACAUAUUGAACAUUCAUUAAACAAUUUUAUAACACCAAUUGGAGAAGAUUAUACAACAACCGAUCAAAUGAAAACACCAAAUACACAUAUUGAAUAUAAUUUUGAAAUUCAAGUUUCAAAGACAGAUCCAAUGGUGAAUACGUUGGUUGAGGAUGCAAUAUUUUGGCAUCUUAGAUCUGAAGCAUCUCAUUAUUUCGAAUCGAUUAGUUUACCAGGUGAUGAAAAGUUUGAAAAACGUUUCUACACAAAUCCACACCUACUAUCAUCAUUACUAUCAUCAUUAAGCAAUCAUUUAGAAUUGGAUAAGAAUUCAUACACAAUCUAUAUUCUCAACCCAAAUCAUCCAUCAAAUGAUGGCAUUGAAAAUACUGAUGCCAUUUAUGGCUAUCGUGUUGGUUUCUCAAAUCAAGAAUUAAAACAACUUUAUAGAAAUUCAAAUUUAAAAAUACCAAAUUCUUUAAAUCAAGUUCAUACUGAUUUCGAAUUUGCUCAAUUAUUACAAUUUGAUAAAGUUUUCGAAAAGAAAAAGUCACCAACAGGAACAGCAGAGGGAGAGGGUGAUCAACCAAUUCAUAUCAAUGAUAAUUUAAAAUUUAGAGAUCAUUCAGUUCAAUCAAAAGAAUGGGCAGAUCAAAUGAUUAAAGAAUUUGGUGAAUUUAAAAUUAAUUCAAUUCAAACCAAUCCAAAUUGUCAGUUUGGUUCACCAGAUACAAAAGAAGAUAGAUGGAUUUGUUCAACAUUGGAAUUGAUUUAUAGAGAGAAUGCAUCAAUAGUCGCUAGAGCACAAGAGAUACUUGAUCGUGGUACUAGAUAUGAACAACUCUACGUUUACACGGCCCAUGAGAAUCCAAUAGUUGAGAAUCCAAUGGUUGACACUUGGAUCUCUCAUAAAAGAUUUGCAUUCAUUGAUCUAACAGCUGGACCAUUUGAAUGGGGACCAUCAGUUGGUGGUAAUGGUUUAAAAACUUCAACAACUCUUCCAAAAACACCAUCACUAACUCAAGAACAAGAAGAAGAGGUAUUGCAAGAAGAGGCAACCUAUCUAUCACCUGAUCUUGAAACUAAACAAAAACAAUUAACUCAAGAAUUAUUAUUAAUUGAAACCAUUUAUAAUAAUGCUUGUAUUGAUCAAAAUUCUGAAAGAACUGAUGAAGAGAAAGAAAUGUGUGAAGAAUUAAUUACAAAUAUUAAUAAAAUUAAAAAACAACUUGAAAAGGAUCAAAUUAAAUUACAAAGAAAAUUACAAAAUAAUAGUAACAACAACAACAACAACAACAACAACAAUGUUGAUAAUGAUGAAGAUAUUGAAAUUGAUUUAUUAACUGGUAAUUAUAAAGAAGUAUUUGGUAAUCAAGAACAAGAUUUAUUCAUUUCAAAAUUAGGGUCAGUUUUAUCAAGUAGUUUAAAACAUUUAAUAACUCAACCAUUACCUUUGUUUAGAGUUGCCUAUGCCAAGAGAGUAAAUUUUAAUGUUUUUGUUAUUAGUGAUCAUCAAGAUUUUAAUGCUCGUGAUUAUUUUAAUUUCAAUUAUGAACAUUUUAAAUAUGAAAUUGAAAAACUUAGAUUACCAACUCAAGAAUUUGUUUUCAAUAUUAAAUCAAUUUCAAUGUCUGAUGAUAAACAAUUAGCUUUAGCAUAUUAUAGUAGUUUAAAAACAGUUUUAAAUCCAACAAUUAAUGAUGAUCAUGAAUUUAAAUCAAUUUUAAAUUAUUAUUUAGAUUCAAAAGAUAUUAAAAAUAGUUUAUUAAAAUUAUUUAAUAAUUUAGAUAGUAAUAAUAAUAAUAAUAAUAAUAAUGGUGGUGGUGGUGGUGGUGGUGGUGAUGAUGAAGAUAAAGAAAAUCAAGUUAAAUAUAUACCAAUUUUCUUAUUUUCAAUUUCAACAAAUAAUUCAAUUUUAAUUGAUAAAACUCAUCAAGCUAAAUCAUUAUCAAAUAUGGUUAUUGCAAUUCAAACCAAUGUUUUCUCUAGUAAUUCAACAUUUACAGUAAAUGAUAAUCAAUUGAAAUAUUAUCCAAUUAAUCCUUUAUCAAGUAUACUCUCUGCUACUGCUUUGAAUUUGGGUGGAUUGGUUGGUAAUCAUAUUUCAUAUAGUGAAGCACAUGGUGCUGCUACCUCCAAUUGGCAUUGGUCAGUGGGUGAUUCACCAACUUCAAAAACUACAACUUAUCCAUUCACUCAUUUCAAUGAAUUUCAAAGAGAUACAAUCUUUAGAAACUAUAUAGCUUCUUCAUUGGAAAGAUCGAUUGGUUGGGUUAAUAAAGGUGUAACCAUAUUAAAUGAUUGUAAAACUUCAAUUAAAAACUUUGAAAAUGCUUUAUCCGUAUUUCCUUUAGAAGAGACUGUUUUGAAAUUUCAAAUUAUUAGAUCACAAUGGAAUGAAGUUGCAAGUAGUAUAAGAGAUUUAGAUUUCUCAAAAUCAAUUAAAAUCUCUUUAGAGGCUGAAAAAUCUUCAAGAUCUUUCUUUAAAGAUUGCGAAAAUAUUCAAAUCUUUUUCAUGCAAUCUGAAUGUCAAUCUGAUAUCACUCAAAAAUUACCAAAAAGAACUUUAGCUAUCAUUAUCAUUUGUUUAUUAAUUAAUAUUUUAAUCAUUUCACUUUUAAAAACUUUAUAUAAAGGUAAAAAUAAAUUAAAAAUUAAUUAA